GUGGAAGAAAUAGCUUAGUAUUUUCCUUUGUAUGAGUGCCUUUAAAUUUCGGCCAUAGGCCUAUUGUAAUGCUCAGAUUUUUAUUCUUCAUUUCAAGAUAGAAAUACACUGGUUGUAUUCUGUUUUCAAAUCCUAAUUUCUAUAUCUUAAGGUUGGUUUCCUUAAGUGUGAGUGUUAGGUUCUAGUUAUUUAAUUGAGUGUGUAAUAUCUUAAUUAAAUUCUAGACUCAAACCCCAAGUGAGGAUAAGAGUGUGUUAUAUCUCUUAAAACCUACUUGGUUUUUAUCCCUUUUCCCCUCUUAUUUUCCCUUCCAAAUUUUCGGCCCUCCUAAAAAGCACAACCAGUAUCCCCCUUUUUCUCCCCUAUUCUUAUGCCUUUAAACCAUCUUAAAAAUCAACCCUUCAUCCUCCUCCAUAUACUCGACCAUGGUUGUAGAGCGGAUGCCAGCGAAGCUGCUAUUAUAUUAUUGCCAUUAAAUAUUACUGUAUUCACCCUUGACUUCUCUGGAUCUGGACUGUCUGAUGGAGAGCAUGUUACUUUGGGAUGGAAUGAAAGGGAUGACCUUAAAGCUGCUGUUGAAUACCUACGACAAGAUGGAAAUGUUUCUUUAAUUGGCUUGUGGGGUAGAUCAAUGGGUGCUGUUACAAGCUUGAUGUAUGGCGCUGAGGAUCCUUCUAUAGCCGGCAUGGUUUUGGACAGCCCUUUCUCUGAUUUGGUUGAUUUGAUGAUGGAACUUGUUGACACUUACAAAAUACGGCUCCCCAAGUUCACAGUUAAGUUUGCCAUUCAAUACAUGAGGAAAGCAGUUCUUAAGAAGGCAAAGUUUGACAUAACAUUGUUGAACACUAUCAAGGUUGCAAAAACUUGUUUUGUGCCUGUCUUGAUUGGUCAUGCUUGUGAUGAUGAUUUUAUACGACCACAUCAUUCUGAUCGUGUAUUUGAAGCAUAUAUGGGGGACAAGAAUAUUAUCAAAUUUGAGGGUGAUCACAACUCUCCACGUCCACAGUUCUAUUUUGAUUCUAUUAGUAUCUUUUUCAACAAUGUUUUACAGCCUCCUGAUGACGAAUUAGGGAAUACAUUUUUUGAUGCGUCACUAAACUUUUUUGGCAAGAGUAGUCGGAGUAACAUGCAUGAAGUAGGAUCUCCUGAGGAUGUUUCAACAACCACUGUAGGUGCAGCGGAGAGGAGCACCGAGGAUUGCAUUAAGCACCUUCGCUCCAAAAGGCCUAUGAGUAAGACAGAGGUACCGGCAAACAUUGGUUCAAAGGAUAAACAAUAUGAAGACAAGGAAGUGGAAAGUUGCGCUGGUCAUCUUACCCCAUCGUCUUCAAAUAUGAUCAGCUUUGACCUCUCUAAUGGUGAUGCACCUGAUCGUAAUCCGAUAGACGAUGAUGAUUAUGUGGAAUACUCACUUGAUAAUUUAGCAGAUUUUCCAAGCAGUAUGGAGGAAGAAGAAAUGAUGCUUAUGGAAGCAGUAUUAGAGUCACUUAAAGACAUAGAAGUGGCAGGAACGGCUCAUGCCGAGUCAAACAACAGCCAACCAGAAACACUCCACACUAUUCCGGGCUCGUCUUCUUCAACACAGAGCUUGGCCAUAAAUGAGCUUCCUGCUGCUGAUGGGCACAAUCCAGCAAAGGAAGCCAAACCCAGUGAGACAUCUCCUCGCUGUGAGAAUUCCAUUGCGCCGGUGAAUGAGUCCCCAACUGAUAGUGCCAAUGGGAAUGCGUCGAAGAAGGAAACCGAAAGCAGUAAGACAUCUAGCCACAGUGAUACUUCCCAGAGUUCAUCCACCUCAGAUCACAACAAUGCCAAAGUUACUGCGGUAAAAAAUCCACCGAGCAACAACCGGGGGGAUGGUUUGGUGCGUUGUUGGGACCUCGGUUUCUUCAAGAGUAGGUAACAUCGAAUGUGGUCAUGCUCGUCAUAGUGUACAGUUCUGCCAUAUGAAAAUCAAAGUUAGACCAGUGAAUAUUGGUUUUUUUUUCGAAAAUUUGAACCAUGAUAUAUGAUUAGAAGAAGUAGUGGGAGAAAAAAUAUGCAAUAUCGAAGGAUGCAUUCAUUGUGUUAAUUUGGCUGUAAAAUAUGGACUGAUCAAAAUUUGUUUGAACGAUAUUCAUUCCCAAGCAUUGUUGUAAGAGCUAAAAUGGAUGCACUGUCCAAGUAUGGCAUUGAAAUUUAAAUGUCAAAAGAUAAGUUCAUUUUUCCUUUAAUGAGAAGAGAAUGUGGUUUAUAUUAUUGAUGUCAAUUAAAUUAAUAUAUCAUUC